AUGGCUGCUCACGCGUUCCUCCUCUGCUCCCUCGCCCUGCUGUCCGUUCACAGCCGGCCCAGCCUCUCCUUCGCUGAUGAGGAGCUGCAGCCAGGUCUCACCUAUGACGAAGUGCCUGAAAUCCUAGACAGAAGCAGAGAGAACCCUAAAAAAGCGACGAGAGUCACAUCAAGUCGAGAUGGCGGGUUGGGCUUAGAGAGUGAACAAGUCUUCCUGACGCCUGAAGAUGAGAACCCACUCAGGAGAAUACUGCAGCCCUUUAACUGGCACCAGCCAGGGAUGCCCCUCAGUAAGAGGAAGCUGCUGCAGUCUCUGAUGGGCCCCUAUGGCCCUCUGAGUGUGUCUUACAAUGGGAAGACCUGCAUUCUGUUCAAAGCCAAGCGCCUGGCCAUCCGCUACAGGAACCACACCUUCAUAGACCUGACCGAGCGGGUCUUCAGCCCCAACUCACCCGUGGAUACCAAGGGCUCCAUCUGCACUAAAGAGAAAGCCACGCUCUCGUUACGGUUCGGCGACGUGGAGGACUUACGAGGACUGGUCAUCAGGCUCCAGAUGUCCAACACCUUCUAUGAGGCAGCUGGUCAGAACUGGUUCACCCUGGAUAGUGUCCACAUCCACUACAACUGGACCCAGGAGGCGACGUUUAAUGCCAGCGAGGUCUACGCCCCCGCCACCUCAUCCUACCACUGCCAGCACGUCAGCAGCCUGCACAAAUACGACACCCUCCUGGUGCCCAGCUCCCACACCGACACGUCUGCCAACUGGCACAUCACCUUCACAGAUUUUCAGAUCCAGGCCUUCAAUGUGCAGUCGGAUAAGUUCGCGUCGGCCAGCGACUGUGCCACCUUCCUGACACCGGCCAUCCUCAUGGGUCUGGUGACCUCCCUGAUCCUGCUCCUGGUCCUGGCCUACGCCCUACACAUGGUGGUCCACCUCAAGCACAUCGACCGCUACGAGGAACACAAAGCCACUGUCUACUUCCCCCGCAGUCCAGAGGCAGAGCUACCGGACAAGAACAGCCUGUGAGGGCUGAAAGAGAAAGAGAGAACG